AUGCAGAAAAGGGAGAGGCACACUUUGGUGGUCCUUGUCUUAUUCUUUGUCUCACUGAUCCAUUGUGUUAAUGGGAAGCACUUUGUGCUGGUCCAUGGAGCCCUUCAUGGUGCAUGGUGUUGGUACAAGGUGGCUAAUCAGCUUAAAUUAGCUGGUCAUAAUGUCACAACUCUAGACAUGGCUGCUUCUGGCAUCAAUCCAAAGCAAGUGCAAGAGAUUCAUUCGGUUUCAGAGUACCAUGAACCCUUGAUGAAAUUCAUUGGCUCUCUUCCUCCAAAGGAAAAGGUGAUUUUGGUGGGUCAUAGUCUUGGUGGGCUAUCUGUGUCUAUUGCUAUGGAAAAGUACCCUCAGAAAAUCUCUGUUGCAGUUUUUGUCACUGCAACCGUUGUCUCUCAAAACCUUAAUUACCCAGCUUUUCUUAAAGAGCAAACGAGAAGAUUGGGCUCCAUUUUCAGCAAACAAUAUUUCAUAUCGAAUGGGGCCAACAAUGCUCCCAUCCUCUCAUCACUUGGAGUCGAAUUCUUAGCAUCCAGAUUUUGCCAAUUAUCACCACCUGAGGAUUUGACGCUUGCUGUAUCUCUGGUGAGACCCUUACCUCCUUUUACAAGUAAUCUUAAAUUAUUGUCAAAACAAACAGCAGUUACCAACAAGAAGAAUGGAAGGGUAUCUAAAGUCUACAUCAUCGGUGACAAAGACGAUUUGCUAAAUGAAGAUUUUCAAAAGUGGAUAAUUGAGAAAACAGGUCCAUAUGCUGAGGUGAAAGUGGUAAAGGGUUCAGAUCAUAUGGUGAUGUUCUCCAAACCAAAGGAACUUAGCUUUGAACUAUUAGAGAUUGCCUACAAAUAUUAA